AUGGCUAGUUCUGAAUCUGAAAUAGAAUCACAAUCAAAAUCAACCAGUUUUGCACCUUUUAAACCACUAUUCAAGAAAGCAAAGAUUUCAAGUUCUAAAUACCAGCAAUCUAAUUUGCAACAAAAUCAAUUUUAUAACACUCAGAAAAAUUGA